AUGCCUGUUCCUCUCUUCAACCUCACUCCCAAUUUAAAAGUUUCAAGACUCUGCUUAGGAACCAUGACUUUCGGUGAACAAAACUCACUGCCCCAAUCCUUUCGCCUUCUUGACGAAGCCUUCAAUGCCGGCAUCAACUUCUUCGACUCUGCUGAAAUGUAUCCGGUACCUCAACGUGCUGAGACUCAGGGGAGGAGCGAAGAGUACCUUGGCCGUUGGAUUAAACAAAGGAAAAUUCCAAGGGAUCGCAUUGUCUUAGCAACAAAGGUUGCAGGACCUUCCGGUCAAAUGACUUGGAUUCGAGGCGGGCCCAAGUGUUUGGACGGUAGGAAUAUCACCGAGGCGAUUGACAGUAGCUUAAAGAGAAUGCAAAUUGACUACAUUGAUCUUUACCAAAUUCAUUGGCCUGAUCGCUAUGUUCCGAUGUUUGGAGAGACCGAGUAUGAUCCCACCCGUCAGUUCUGUUCAGUUGGUGUAGAGGAACAACUUGAUGCUCUAGGCAGGGCUGUUUCUGCUGGGAAGAUCAGAUACAUUGGAGUCAGUAAUGAAACACCAUAUGGUGUAAUGAAGUUCAGUCAAGUUGCUGAAAGAGUUGCGCAUUAUCCAAAAAUAGUAUCUGUGCAGAACUCCUACAACUUGCUCUGCCGAACUUUUGAUGCUGGAAUAGCUGAGUGCUGUCAUCAUGAGCGGAUCAGCUUGUUGGCUUACAGUCCCCUGGCAAUGGGCAUACUUUCUGGGAAGUAUUUUGCAGCUGAUGGGGGUCCAGUAGAUGCACGAUUAAAUGUUUUUAAAGGAAGGUAUUCAGAAGGGGAGUCAAGGUACAACCUUUCCAAUAACAUCAUAAAAGCAGCUGCCUUGGAAUAUCUUGGCAUUGCAAUAAAAUAUGGUCUUCAUCCUGUAUCUCUUGCUAUUGCCUUUGUUUUGAGCCAUCCUCUUGUUGCAAGUGCAAUAUUUGGAGCUACCAAAUCAUGGGAGCUCGAUGAGGUUCUCAAAGCAUGUAUGAUUGAGCUUUCACCUGAAAUAAUUGCAGAAAUCAACAAAAUUCAUGCAAGCAUGCUAAUCGGGGAUAGCAUAAGAUUGGGUGAAAAUCAUGGUAAUGGAGGUUUGAUGAAUAACUUGCAAUGCUUUUGGAACCCGAAAUGA